UUUCCAUCUUACGUGUAUUUUGUGAUUAAAAAAGCGUUUCGGCGAAAUUCAGGAUAAAUUAUGCCACAGUUUGGUGAAAUAAAGAAAUUUAUCUUGUUUUUGUACAAGGGACAAAAAACAGAUAUCUUGCUGGUGGGCCAAAAGGAAAUGUUUUGUGAUCCUUACGAAAACGAAACAUUCAUUUCUUUUGAAGAUUCUGAUUUAAACAUAAAUUGGAAGGGGGUGGCUAAACGUGGUAAAGGCAAUAUUCCACCGGGAGAAAUGAAAAUCAGAGUUCUUCUAAGCAACGACAGUAAAGAAUACUUGGAAAGUAUUUCUCAAUUGUUCAACACAAAGAAAAUGUCCCUUGAUGCAAUUGUAAAGUUGCACACGGAAAAUGAUUACCAGAUAAUGUCAACAAAUACAAAGAUAGAAAAGGAUGAGGCAACCAAUUGUGAAGAUGCUAACGUUGAGGGACAAUGUGGAGAAAGCGACGAUGACAAAGAUGCCAAAGAUAACGGUGACAUGGACGAAGAGGAUGAUCCUAGGGAGCUGGUUACGACAGACAAGAAUCAAAAUGUACUCCCAAUUAACCAACGCAGCGCUGUGCGCAAGAGACAGGCGCCAUCCAGACUUAAUCUUGAAGCAACACAAAUUAAUGUUUAUGAGGAUUUGACAACAAGUAAAAAAGCUAAGCCAAGUAGUAAACAACAGAAGGAAAUUAUGAGCAUAGCCCACAAGACAGCUUCUGAUCGCAUACUAUCUCUUGACCAAUUAAAUGACUCCUUUGAUGAUGCAACAACUGAAAAUGACGUAAAAGGGCAUAGUUCACCGCAAGGGAAGGACAUGUUGGAUUCAACCUUGGCAAAAAUACUGGUUGAAUGCACCAACACUCCUUUGGGCAAGCAAAGCCCUGUUUCAGUGGGACGGAAAGACAACAGUUUAAAAAGAGCUGAUUGUGGCAGCAGUUGCUGUCAAGAAAAAGAUGCUAUUAUUGGCGAACUCAAGUUGGAAAUCAAAUUUCAAAAAGAUCUCAAUAAGACGUUAUCAAUGCAGACGACUGUUUUGACUGACGUGAGGAAAUUGUUAUUGAAGUUCAGUAGCCAGCAACUAAUAUCUACACCUAGCCAGCAACUAGCUCCACCUAGUACGUCUAACAGCGGCAACUUUUUAAAUUAUGCCAACCAGUCAAGCACAUCAGGCGAUUUGACGGGCCAUCCGAAAUUUGUUGGGGGAAACUGUGCUCAGAUGCCAAACUCAGAAAUGUCAGAUAAGAUGGGCAGCGACUCAUUGGGAGAUACGUUAUCCACGAUCGAGGAUGAAAGUGAUGGCCAACUUUACGAUCACAAAAGUUUUCCGAUACCUGAAACUGUAAUGCGUAGGCUGAUGAAGGGUCCCGUCACCCACUUUGUUUCGCACUUGAUGGACAAGUUGUACACGGAUCAGUACCUAGCGACCCAUAAAAUGACCGAUAUGGGAGGUAGCGGCGUGGGAAGCAAAAGACUUGCCAUGAACAAACAUGAGCUUCAACAUAUAAUUGAUAGAGUUCUAGAUUGCGGAUUGGUUAACCUGGAUGGGUCUUUAGUAAAUGAAAAAAUGGUAAAAAAUGCAAUCUCUCGCAAAUUCAAUAAUUCUCGUGCUAAGUAGACGACAUUGUAUUUUUCCUUUUCAC